AUGAUACAUUGUCUCGAGCUCAUCUACUGGGAUACUUAUUGUCGUAUCGCUUUUUCAGCCCACCCACAUUCAAGGCGCCUCUUGCCCCUGAAGAUUAGGAACUGUUGCGUGAGGAUGAUGCUGUUACACCUAUUAAGAAAGAUGGCAUCAAGAGAAAAGAAAGACCAACUGAUAAAGGCCUACAAAUAUCAACCAGUUCAUGCUACCAAUAAAAACUUGCAGCCAGUUGAAGUUUUACCACUACUGCCACAUUUUGAUAGGUACGAUGAGCAUUUUGUGGUAGCGAAUAUUAAAUACGCUACCUCAUAUUGUAGGCAAACGAUCGUGGCAUGUUCCUGGUAUCAUUCGACGAUGGGACUGCUAGCUAUCUGGGAAGGAAGAUCUGAUGAGAUUGAACACUUUCCGGUACCUUCAAGGGUGACUAUGAGGCGCAGAUCGACUGUGUCAGUGAUAGAACAUAAAGAUUCAGGGGUUUAUUCGAAUUCUAGGGUUGGUGCUUCGAGCUCCAAGAUGAGAAGGCUAGCGAACGAAGAAGGCCUUGGUAGAUCUUAG